AUGAAGGCCCUGACGGCAGGCUGCGCAGGGUGCCGCAUCGGGGCUCCUGGGCUGCCUCAGUGCUUCGCAAACCUGUGCAAGAUGCGCUUCACAGUGCUGGUGACCGUGAGCUUGGUGCUUGGCAAGCUCGUUCUCCCUAACCCAAACCCCCCUCAGCCACCUCCACUGCCCAAAUACCUGCGCUGCUAUCGAUGCCUCUUUGAGACCAAGGAGCUGGGGUGCCUGCUGGGGUCCGACAUCUGCCUCAUGCCGGAGGGCAGCAGCUGUAUCACCCUGCAUAUAAGGAACACCAGCGGCUCUGACAUCAUGGUGAGCGACUGCCGCCGCAGGGAGCAGAUGGGAGACUGCGCGUACACCCGGCCCGCGCCCGUGUUUGGCUUCUGGAUAUUUUCUCACUGCUGCUUCGUGAAUUUCUGCAACGAUCCUCAAAACCGAGAGUCCUACCUUCAGUAGGAGGGCGCGGAGUAAACGCACGCGCCUUCCGGAG